GCUCUGGCAACGAUCAAAACGGCUUUUUACCGAGGAUACCGACCUCACGUGGAGCGGCAUUCGGCGGAUCAGACCUCUGCAUUUGCUGUAUCUAGGCGACGUCGAUCUGAGGCUUCUGCAGGCGGCAACAACAUGACGAGACGCCGACAAAGAGGAAAUGUAGCAAGCACAUUGGUAUCGUGUCGUCAGGGCGACCUAGUGGACGCCUCUUGUCCGAGGUCCUCUGCUAUGCUAGUCAGCAUAAGUCUCGGCGGCGAACCAUGGACUUGGUACAUUCCCAGACGUUUAAUGGGCAACGUGGUCGGCAUCAUCAGCGGGCCUCGCCAUUCUUGGUGUGAUGACGUCACAUUAAACUCGUCGUAA